AUGAGUGAUGAAAAUAGUUAUUAUCACGAUUCUGUCACAGUGACACUAAAGGGCAUUGAGAUCGAAAUGCAGAGAAUUUUUACUAUCUUCACAACAAUCGAUUUUUCAUCUAACAAUUUCAGUGGAGAGAUUCCAAAUGCCAUUGGAAAGCUCAAUUCCCUCAUAGUGCUUAAUAUUUCUCAUAAUAGCCUUAGAGGCAAUAUUCCAGAAUCUUUGGAAAACUUGACAAGUCUUGAAUCAUUAGACAUUUCCUCUAACCAACUCACCGGGAGAAUUCCAAGCCAAUUUGACGACUAUAUAUGUGGGUUGCCAUUUUGGAAGGAAUGUGAAGAUAUUUGGACAAAAGUACAACCACCGGUGUUACAACAGGAGGAAGAUGAUCACAAUUUUGAUAGAUUUUUUUGGAAAAUUGUGGCGAUAGGUUAUGAUUGGGGAAUGACACUGGGACUCUUUCUAGGAUCUCUCAUGUUCUUAAUUGGUAGACCUAAGUUAUUUGUGAUACUUACUGAAAGAGAAAUGCCCAAAAAGAUGAUAAGAUUGAGAAGAAUGCUUACAGACACAGUGGGAAGAAGAAAGUAA